GUUUGAAAAAACAACUUCUAUUGUUUACUAACGGUAUACAUGGUACACAAUGUUUGCUUUAGUUACAAAGUAUACAAAGAGAAGACUUUUAUUAAGUGAAUAUAAAAUUAAAAAUCUAAGGUAUACGUGUACAAGUAACCAAGAUGAUAGAUCACCUUUAUCUGGAAUUCGUGUAUUGGAUUUAACACGUAUUAUUGCUGGUCCUUAUUGUACCAUGAUUCUUGGUGAUCUUGGUGCUGAGAUUUUGAAAGUGGAAAAACCAGGUGUUGGGGAUGAGGCACGAAAGUGGGGUCCACCAUUCAUGAAAGGAACAGAAGAAGCAACUUAUUUUCUUAGUGUAAAUAGAAACAAAAAAAGCAUAUGUGUAAAUUUGAAAGAAGGUAAAGAUAUAAUAUAUGAACUGGCAAAGAAGUCCGAUGUUUUAGUUGAGAAUUAUGUCCCAGGAAAAUUGAAAAAACUGGGUUUAGGAUAUGAAGAUAUUUCCAAAAUAGCACCUCAUCUUGUAUAUUGUUCUCUGACUGGCUAUGGGUAUGAAGGACCUUAUGCAAACAGACCUGGAUAUGAUGUGAUUGCCGCUUCUAUAGGAGGCUUAUUACAUAUAACAGGUUCAAAAGAUGGACCACCAUGUAAAGUUGGAGUAGCAGUUACUGAUUUAGCAACAGGUUUGUAUGCUCAUGGUGCUAUAUUAGCAGCACUAUAUCAAAGAGCAACAACUAAGAAGGGACAAUGGAUUCAAUGUAACUUAUUAGCAACACAAGUUGCUAGUUUAAUAAAUAUUGGAUCAAAUUACUUAAAUGCUGAUAAAGAAGCAGUACGAUGGGGCUCUGAACAUGAAAGUAUUGUACCUUAUGAAGCUUUUGCUACAAAAGAUGGACACAUGACUGUUGGAACAGGAAGUGAUGCACAAUAUUUAGACUUUCUGGAAAGAAUAAAGUUGACAGAAUUAUCAGAGAAUAAGAAAUAUAAAAAUAAUAAGGCUAGAGUGGAAAAUAGAAAUGAAUUAUUACCAAUUCUUAGAAAAGUAUUCAAAACAAAAACUAAUAAAGAGUGGGCAAUUGUUUUUGAAGGUGCUUCAUUUCCAUAUGGCCCAAUAAAUAAAAUAAGUCAGGUUUUUGAAGAUCCUCACAUAAAACACAUAAAAAUGGUACAAGAAACGGAACAUGCUACAGGAAGAAAAGUUAAAGUUGUUGGUCCUGCUGUGACAUAUAGUUACGCUACAAACAAAGUUCGAUUUGCUCCUCCUAUAGUGGGACAACAUACGGACGAAAUAUUAAAAAAUGUUUUAAACUAUACCGAUGAUAGCAUAAAAUCAUUAAAAAACAACAAGAUUGUACAAUGAAGAAUGUUUAAAGAAUAUGUGCAAUAUAUAAUGCAAUACAAACCAAUUAUGUAUCAUUAAGAUACAAAUUUGAAAUAUAAUUUUAUAUAAUAAUUUUGA